AUGCUAACAAAUACCGAUACCAGGCUUGAUGCCAUUGAAGCCUCCCUGGAUGAGAUGAAGCAAUUGUUGAGGUCGCACCUUGGAAAUGACCGGUCCACAUCCACCGACCACGAUAUCACUUCCAGGGCCAAUAGCACCUUGGCCACCAUAAAAGAUCUCGACGAAAACGAAGAUAACAUAGUCCUACCACCAAAUAUAACCGCCGACUUCCAUCCAGCACCGAUCACAGUCGUCCGCCAUGUCGGCAAUUUGAUCACAGAACCAGAAACAAACGGAGAAAACGACCACAUCCUGGGCCAUAUGACCGAGAUGGGUCUAGAUUCCGAAAACUUCGCCUCUGUCUUUCAGCAUGGCUUCGAACAAAUAGCAUCAUGGUAUCCAUUCCCACACGAAACAAUGUCAGAUCUUAAACAAAACUACCCCCUGCUCUUCGCGAUGUGUCUGCUGGCCGGGUUCCGCGCUACAGCUGGUUUGAACCGUUCGAAUCUCCAUAUUACACUGCAUUCAAUGGUCAAAACCCAUCUAGGCAUGAAAGCCUUGGAUACGCCCAUUGGCCUCACUACCAUUCAUGCCAUGCUGAUCUUCAGUGCCUGGAGUUUUGGUCCUCUCGUGCCUGGUGGUCGAUAUAUUGACAGCUGGUUGAUGAGUAGCACGACUAUUACCCACUGCAUGCUUACUUUCUCUCUUUCUGAGCUUGGGUCUCUUACUUCCUUCUACGAUGACACGAGUCGGAAUAUGUGCAGGAUGUGGAUCCAAGCUUCACUGGUACACUUGAAAUUCGCCAUCGGAACAGGCCGACCAUCAGUGGUGACAUGCGAUCGCCUCCGUCAAUGGACAGAGAUAGUGAAAUACCCAGGCUUCGAACCCUUCGACCAAAUAAUCGCAGCAGAGCUCAAAAUCUACAUCCUCCUCUACGAAGUCAUCUACAACACAGCUAAUUCAGUAAGCGAAGCCUGGGAAAUGGCAAACAGAUGGAGCCGAAAAUACCUCGCUGACGGAAACAGCCAAAACAACACCAAGGAACCUCUCCCCGGCUCACUCCACCACAGUGAGCGCAUGAAAACCCUAACGCAGACGGUCAUCCGGCACGCGCAGGUAGUCCUGAGCGAGAUAUUGAUCUACGGAUCCUCGGAUACGCCGUUCGUCAGGCCGACGUAUGAUUACUUGCUCAGUGCGUACGCGGGCGUUACUCUUGCGGAGUACUCUUCUGAUAUAUCCGAUAUCCACGCGACAUAUACAUUAAUGGAGAAUGUGCGGACACAGGCUAGGAUUCCGCGGAGUAUUGAGGGUGUCUUCAACUGGGCGACGAAUGUUGUUCAGAAAAAGGCGCGGGAUUAUCUUGAUUCGAGUGUUUCUAUCAAUUCUGGUGAUACACUUUACUCUUAUCCUAUGUCUGUGGCGGAUUGGGCGCCGUUCCGCUUUAUUGAUUCUAUGCCUUCUUCUGGGUGGGAUGGAUUUGAGGAGUCUAUGAGACCGUUUUAA